AUGGCAUCGGCUUACGGAGAUCUGCGCCAUUUACUACCUGGCAACUACAAACGUGUCAUAACAUCCUGGCUCGAAGAGGAUUGCCCUAGCUUGGACUAUGGCGGCUUUGUCGUCGGCGAGUCAGAGGGCGAGGCCCGACUGCUAGGAAAGAGCAAGGGCAUCGUCGCAGGCGUACCAUUCUUCGACGAGGUCUUCUCGCAACUAGGCUGCACAAUCGAAUGGCACAUCAAAGAAGGCGAAGCAAUCACCCCAAUCCAGCACUGCGCAACCGUCCGCGGCCCCAUCCGCAAAAUCCUCCUCGGCGAGCGCGUAGCCCUAAACAUUCUCGCGCGUUGCUCAGGCAUCGCCAGCAAGAGCGCCUCCAUGCUCGGUGCGCUGCGUGCGCAAGGAUGGCAAGGUACCCUGGCCGGUACAAGGAAGACAACCCCUGGGUUCCGGCUUGUUGAGAAAUACGGGAUGCUUGCUGGCGGCGCCGACCCACACCGCCAUGAUCUAAGCUCCAUGACCAUGCUGAAGGAUAACCACGUGUGGGCAUGCGCGAACAACCGGGCUGCGGCGGACGGCGGUGUUGCGGACUCGUCGUCGAUUGAGUCUAUUGCGGCAGCGAUCCCCCGCGCUGUGCAGGCGGCCAAGGCUACUGGUGGGUUCUCGACUAAGGUUGAGGUUGAGUGUCGGAGUGUGGAGGAGGCUAAUGCGGCGAUUGGGGCUGGGGCCGAUAUCAUUAUGUUGGAUAACUUUACGCCCGAGGGAGUGCGGGAGGCCGCGGCGCAGCUGAAGCGCGAAUGGGCUUCGAAGAAGGCUUUCUUGAUUGAGGUGAGUGGUGGGUUGACGGAAGAGAAUGCGCCGGCGUAUGUCUGUGCCGACGUCGAUAUCUUGUCUACCAGCUCGAUCCAUCAGGGUACGGGAAUCGUGGAUUUCUCGCUCAAGGUCUCGUUGCGGUAG